AUGCCUACGCUGCCAGGCCGCAUCCUCUCCCAAGCCCGACUCGGCGACUUCUGGGAAUACAUAUUCCGCCACUUGAACUUCUACCGGAUUCAUUUAUUGUUCUUCACCUUCACGCCGCUAAUAUUCUCCGGUAUAUUCUAUGCCGCCAAUGGCCAAUACCAUGUGGACUACAUCGACUGCCUGUACAACUGCGUCAGCGCGAUCACAGUUUGUGGCCUUGCAACUGUCGAUCUGAGCGGUCUGACGCCGUUCCAACAAGCACUUCUCUUUAUUCAGAUGUGUCUCGGUAGCCCAGUCGUCAUAUCGUGGACGAUGGUCUAUAUUCGAAGGAGCUUCUUUGCACGCAAGUUCCAGCGCAUAGUCGAGGCCGAAUUAGCCCGCAAUGCGGCACGCGAGCUGCACCGGCCGGUUGACGUGAAGAUUGAGCCGUGGUGGAGGAAGCUGUGGACCAUGCUGAAGUGGGAAAGAGGCACGCGCUUGCGCUCGUUCAGCGACAUCUCUGUGCAAGAGAUCGGCCCCGUCAAAGCGCGGGGACGCAUACAUCUGCGCCCGGAUAUGAUUCGGCGCGUCGAGGGCGCACCGAAGCUAGUCGACCCCAGUGGAUGGAUCAGUGAGGGUGUCUCCGACCAACCAGGACAGGACAACACUGCGCAGAACGAGAAAAUUGAGACAGACGAGAGUCGCCGAACGUCCGCGUAUGGCGAGUCGAGUUCAACAGGGCAUACCGACAGCACAGAGGUCGAGAAGAAAGAGCGUCCGCAGACCCAAGACCCACAGAACCCGCCUGCAACGCGCGGGCCCCAAUUGGUCCACACGCAGACCGUCGAGUUCGCGGCGCCUCCUGCGCCGCACCGUCGAACGUAUAACAUAUUCUGUGCAGGGCAUAUGUCGCGGCCGACCAUGUCGCGUCCUACGAUGUCACGUCCCACGAUGUCGCGCCCGACAAUGUCUCGCCCAACGAUGUCAAGACCCACGAUGUCGCGGCCGAUGACGAUGCCGCGCACGGGCACUAUCACGACGGGGGCUUCGCAUGCGUUCCCACCACGGCGUACUAUGCACAAGGGCUUUGGCGGGUUUCCCAUGCCGCACGAGUUGAUUUCCCGCCUGUUUGGCCGCGCGUUCCCAUCUCUAGAGCGCAAGCUGACGCGGACGAUUACCAUGCCGCGGACGCGCACGAUCGCCUCCGAGCGGGGAACGGUGGGCCCGGGUGCGCGCCCAGUGCCGUAUAUCUCGUUCGAGGCUGUUGUGGGCCGCAAUUCCGUGUUCCAGAGCCUGACGCGCGAGCAGCUCGAGGAGCUUGGGGGUGUUGAGUAUCGCGCGUUAUCGGCGUUGUUGUGGAUCGUUGGCGCGUACCAUAUCGGCUUGCAAUUGUUGGCCUUUGUGAUCAUUGCUCCGUAUAUGUCUAUCGCGCGGUGGCGGGAGGACUUCGUACCACCUGCACUCCACAAACCGGUAUCAUCUACAUGGUACGUGUAUUCUGCUUUUCAAGUGGUCUCCUCUUACACGAACACCGGCAUGUCUCUUGUCGACGAAUCCUUGGUUCCUUUCCAACGGGCGUAUCCUAUGAUACUAUGCAUGAUUAUUCUUAUAUUAGCCGGCAAUACGGCCUUCGUACAUUACGUUUUCAGAUGUGAUGCAACGGACUGGUUCUUCUUCUUGGUACUAGACAUCGGCAACCCUGCGAUCGCGAAUAUACCACUGGGUGUGCGGUUCAUCAUCGGGCUGCUACAGGCUACUGCAGUGCGCGCCGCAGGGUUUGGUACUGUCACGCUGGCUGCACUCGCCCCCGCAGUGAAAGUCUUAUACGUGAUUAUGAUGUAUGUCAGCGUCUACCCGAUUGCCAUGAGUGUCCGCUCUACGAACGUGUACGAGGAGAAGUCCUUGGGCGUAUUCCCAUCCGAAGAGGAGCUCUCGCCAGAGGAUGCAUUCAGCCACACCGGCAACCGCGCUACAGUAUGGGGAAGGUACCUCGCCAUGCACGCGAGGAAGCAGUUGUCCUUCGAUAUGUGGUGGCUGGGAACGGCGCUGUUCCUGGUGUGCAUCAUCGAGAAGAAUGGUUUGGAGGACGAGGCGAGCAACAACUGGUUCACCAUCUUCACCGUAGUGUUCGAGCUGGUGUCGGCGUACGGCACGGUCGGUCUCAGUCUAGGCGUCCCAUACGCCAACUACUCCUUUUCCGGCGCGCUACGUCCUCUCUCGAAGCUCAUCAUCUGUGCCGUGAUGCUCCGUGGUCGUCACCGCGGCCUCCCUGUUGCGAUCGACCGCGCCGUCAUGCUACCAUACGAGUACAAACACGAUCCUCAGGACGGUUACGGCGAGGAGAACGAGGGCGAGUACGCCAUGGAGGACCACGACACUGCGUACCCGGAACGCGAGUGGGUGUGGCACGAUCCGCAAGGGCCCGAGGGCGACGGCAGCCCGCAUAUCCAGAUCAGCUCGGUGCCCCGGCCGAAGGAUCUCGAGGGCGUGCUCCGAAAACCGGAGCAGCCAAGCGGCGCGCAAGGGGGCGACGAGGCAGCCCGUGCGAUGGAGGAACGGACUAGUAGCAAACAGGAUUAG